AAAGACAAUUGGGCAACUCAGAGACAACAACUGGUGAGCGUGGCAGUUUAUUGAUCACAUCUCUCCAAGAAACGCCAGUGUUUAACUGUAAGAAAUGAAUGUAACGAACCAAACCAACAGAACUCCCCCCAAGUUCCAGGUUGCUGUCUGGCCAUGGCUUCCAUGGCACAAUUUUGUUACAUUAUUGGCCCCUCAAACCUUAGACAAAAGUAUAGUAGUUUCAGAUUUUGCUUCCAAAACCCCGUUUAUAGAAAGAAUGCACUGUCUAAUAUAAGUACAAGAUUUCAUGCAAAGCCAUCAUCAGUCUCAGUCUCCCCUACCAUCGUUUGCUCAGCUGCUAAUAAGCCUUCUUCCUCCUCACAAGUUAGUUCUUCAGCCAAGAUAAGGAGUGAAGUUCUGUCUCCCUUUCGGUCUGUGCGUAUGUUCUUUUACCUCGCAUUCAUUGCGAGUGGUUCCUUGGGAGGAUUAAUAGCCACCACGCAGUUAAUUGCUUCUCUAACCAAUCCUGCAAGAUCAUCCGAAGUUCCCGAUAUUUUAACAGGUCUUGGCAUAGACAUUGGAGCAGUAUCUAUCUUUGCAUUUCUGUAUUUCAGGGAGAACACUGCUAAGAAUGCGCAACUAGCCAGACUCUCAAGAGAAGAAAGCCUUUCCAAUCUUAAGCUCCGAGUGAAUCAAAAUAAGAUCAUUUCAGUUAGCAGUUUGAGAGGAAUUGCUCGUCUUGUAAUAUGUUCUGGCCCUGCAUCGUUUAUCCUAGAGUCAUUUAAACUUAGUGAGCCAUUCACUGAGAGUCUUCUCGAAAGAGGAGUGCUGGUGGUUCCUUUCGCUACAGAUGGAAACUCACCUAGUCUCGACUUUGAUGAGAGUGAAGACAUGAAAGAGAUCACUGAGAAAAGAAAGAGGCUUUGGCAACUGGCCCCGGUUUAUGUUUCUGAGUGGACCGAGUGGUUGGAUGAACAAAAGAAACUGGCUGGCAUUUCCCCUGAAUCUCCUGUUUAUUUAUCUCUGCGCUUGGAUGGUCGUGUACGUGGAAGUGGUGUUGGUUACCCUCCUUGGAAUGCUCUUGUUGCUCAGUUGCCACCGGUAAAGGGACUAUGGUCAGGUCUUCUUGAUGGAAUGGAUGGCAGAGUUCUUUGAAGGAAGGUUAGUUUACCUUUCUAUAUGUUUAUAGGUUUUCACAUUAAGUUGCAGUAUGUACUAAUUUAUUCUUUAUUUUACUUAUAUAUAUGUUUCAUAUUAUAAUCAAAUGCUGUAAAGAGUAUUCGGGUUUAUUUUCUUGUUUAGAAAUGAAGUUUUCAUCUACAUGGAAUGAGAUGGUGAAACAAUGCCAGGGUAAGGGAAUAUAAGAAGGGGACAUUAUGGAUUCUUGUUCCUAAAACAAUGAAAUAUUGUGCAGUAUAAUCUGAAUGUUAUCAUUUCUGCCUCCUUUAAUUACUGAGUUUAGUUGUAACAACGCCUAUCAUCACCAGGACCGGUUUUCUUCUUGUAAAACUAUGCAAAACAGAAGGAAACAAGAGGUUAUGUAUUUCUGAAUGUUACAUUUUUCCUAUGUCCAACAACAAAAUGACAAAACAGGAAUUUGCUUCAAGCUGAAUACAUACACAUAUAUAUGGUCUCAUCUUAUGUUGCUGCUCAUGUUCUAUUGCAGAUCUUACAGGGUUCUGCCCUAUCUGUAUCCCAAAACAACAUUAUUUAUCUACAGAUACAUACUUUUUAAUCUUGUCGUCUAUGAUACCUCGAUUCAGUUAUCAUUCUGUCGGAAGCAAUCAGAAUGAGAAACCAAGAGGAACCAAUACUGUAUGCAGUAACUUGUUGGUAGCUAUGGUAACAUCAUGCUAUGUCGUGAAUGAACCUUUUUGCUAAAUGAUUCAUGUAUAUGGAAGUAGAAGGUCUUUUGUUUCGAAAUCUUAAUUGAUCUCAAAAAACAGUUAUGCCCUUCGGAGGAAGCUCGGCUGUUAAGAUGAUAAAAACGAGUCUGACAGGGGGUUUUUAUCAAUUUUAUGCAUAAAACGUCGACCCGAACAGGAAUUAUAUUUUUCAAACAUUGUUUAGCAUCAAAGGUACACUCAAAAUGAGUCUGGAAGGUGCUCUAUUCUUUUACACUUGUAGCACAAUUGGAUCCAGACACUGUUUUGAACUGCAACAAAAAACAGUAUAACACCGAAAGAACCUUUCAGGGUUUUAUCAGAUGAUCACCAAUUUUGUCACUGAUGUGUUGAAACAUAACAUAGGAAAGUAAGGCAUUAAUAAAUGAGAGAAAUAAAGAGAAAGAUGAUAGUAUUGUACACGUCGUUUUUGGUAGAAACAAGCUCAAAGCCAGAUAGAGGGGGGAAGACGAUAUAUAUAUUAGCCAUAGGAUCAUUGAAACCCAAAAUUAUUACAAAAUGAAACAGUGACUCAUUUAACUUCUUCAAUCUCAUCCAAUGCGUAGUUGUUGGUAGAUACAUUGGCGUAAUUAACUUUGUUGAAUCGAACCACAACUGGGUACCGAGUCUUGGGAUCCUGCACCAAAUGGAAACAAAAUUAGAUCCAUAGUUCCUUCAUACAUGCAUGCAUGCAUGCACAUGGAGCUGGAAGAAGAAAGAGAGAAAGAGUGACCUGGUCAACUGUAACAACUGAUCCAUAGCUGUUGUACCAGUAGGACUCCCUCCUAAGAAUCUUCACCUAUCAUAUCGAACAUCAUUUCAUCAAACUUUUUGUUCAUAGUAACAAUUUUGAUUCCCUGUUUAAUGAUCAAAGCUUAACUGAGAGUGAUUUAUGUUUACUUAUUUUCCCUACAUCAUCUCUGCAGAUAUAUUCUACAUGUGAGGGAGCUAACCUUGGUGCCUCUUUUUGGUCCUAUUGGUGGUGGCUUAGGCUUAGGAGCUUCACCCCCUUCAGGUGGUGCAGUGGUGGUUGCUGGGGUUGGAGAGGGUGGUGGUGGUGAAGCCUCAUCAGCUGCCCUCACAACAAGCCUUGAGGUGUUGUUGGUCUUGGAUGGGAAAAACACCAUGUUGUUGUUGUUGGUCUUAGAAGUCCCUGCAGAAACAUUGGGUGUUAGCAAGAAACCUGAAGCAGCCGAUGCCAUGUUGCAGCAGCUAGCCAUGUCUCCACGCUUUGAUCUUUUCUGUGUCUGUAACAAAGGGAUAGUGUGGCAGAAAAAUUGU